AUGAGUGAAAACACUUCCAGUUCUCAAGCAGAGACUUGCCAUCCUCUUGUCUUGCUGUGUUGGCGUGCUUCUGCUCUUCACAGCCAUCACCUCGAAGUCUCUUUGUGUUCAACCCACAAAGAGACUGAUUAUGGAACUGAGCAAAAUGUCGCUCCUGCAGUCCUGCCUGCCUUUACCAUCUUUAUAAAGUGUCCAUCUGGGAACUUUGCACUCGUCGUCAAUGGAAGUUCAUCCAUCCAAGAUAUCUUAGAAAUUCUAAGACAGAAAGUCUCCGGCAGACAGGAUGCUUGCGGUAUCUUUUCAAGUCCAUUCCAUUUGUACAUGCCUGGCAGAUGGCUUCCUUUAUCCGCCAUGGAGAUGCUGGAUGCUCUGAACGUGAGCGACCUUUCGACUUUACAUUUCCGAUCACUGCUUCUAGGGGGUGCCAGCCCAGUUGAUCCGGUCGAUCUUACCUUCGCACUAGAUGAUAGUUCCGAUCAUUGCGAAUACCAGCGUUGCAAAAAUCACAAAGCGAACGGUGAUCCAUACAAGUUUCAGCCAGGGGAGGAAAAGUUUCAAAUGAAGGCAUGUUUGCGCAAGGAUGGGCCUGCUACAAAGCUGCAUCACAGCUGCAAGACAUCUAUCGAAGAAAGAUGGAGUGGUGUCAUCCUUGUCAAGAAGGCCAAAGCGAAAGGAGCUGCACCGGAAUCGAGGUUGCCAGUCGCGAUAUCAUCGUUGCUGAAUAAAAAUGCCCUUAAAACCGGUUAUUCGCCUGCUCAUUAUCUCUACAAUUCCGAGAAGGACAAGUUUCGCAAGACUCAUGGUAGAAGGUCAAGGCGUACUUGUGCAAAGGUCUUUGUUCAGGUCAAAAGGGAAAACGGGACAAAGAAAGGCAUCUCCUUCCAUCCUGCUUGUUUAGUACAAGCCCAUCACAAAGUGAAGGGCUUCAAGUUCACUACUGACGAUUUCUUCGUUGUGGACUCUGGGUGGAUACCCGUUCUGGAAGGAGAUUUAAUGCAACCAACAGAGUUGUUUUAUAAAGGUAUAACCAAAGGGCUCUCAAGAAGGGCACACCAGUUCGGAGGCUUGAAAUAUUCUCAGGGAGCCCCUGAGAACUGGUAUAUGUCAUCCCCUGUCAAGAAUGGAAAAGGGAAGAAGCGCAAAGAACCAGAACUUGAUUCAGAUGCGAAUAGCGAAUGGUCAUGUUCCUCAAAAUGGGCGUUUGAUGCGAUUCCGGACAUUAUCACCACCGGUGGAACUUACCUUGAGAGCAGCUUCAAUCCUGUUACGGGGACCACAUUUAUGUUGACUGGGUGGAGAGCGAAGAAAGAACAACGACUUGGAUCUGGCUCUUUCAAAAUGGCUCACUUUGGGCUGCUAAAUGUUGGAAUGAACCUAGAGGGUGUUGAUGUUCCAGCAGCAAUGCAGGGAAAAGUCUGUAUCAAGUGGCUGUAUUUUGGCCUCACGACUAGGCAAGGGGUGCAGUGGAUGACUGAUGAUGUCGAAUGUAUGGCCAUCUUACAGGAAGCAAAAUACUUUGGUCUGGGCAAAUGCCAUUCAUGA